GUCCGCUAGAUGGCGGCGGACUCGUUUUCAUCCCCAGUGACGUCACCGAGCUCUUUCCCCCGCGGAAGCCGCCGCGGCCCCCGCUUCGUGUCAACAAAGCCGAAGAAAGAAGGCCUUCUUCGGUGGACGUUCUUUACGGCUGCGCCGCGAGCGAUGGAGUGAAGCGGAGGCGGCAACAUGUCCAUGGAAGAUCCUUUCUUCGUCGUCAAAGGCGAGGUGCAGAAGGCCGUGAGCGGCGCUCAGAGCCUCCAUCGCCGAUGGAGCCAGUUGCUGCCGGAAGGGGCCGCCGCCUCCAAGGAGGAGCUGGACUGGACCACCAACGAGCUGAGAAACAGCCUGCGCUCCAUUGAGUGGGACCUGGAAGACCUCGACGAGACCAUCAGCAUCGUGGAGUCCAAUCCCAAGAAGUUCAACCUGGACGCCGCCGAGCUGGCCAAGAGGAAAGCCUUCAUCGGCAGCACCAGACGCACCGUCGAGGAAAUGAAGGAGCACAUGUCGAGCGGUCCGGCCGUGGCUUUCGUCGACAGAAGCAAGCAACAGGUCCUCCGUCGGCUCGCGUCCGCGAUCUCCGCGCGAGCGCUCGUGCGCUGACGCCGGAAGACUUUGACGUGUGCGCAGGCGCUGCUGGGCGACGGCGCCGUCCGCGAUAAGUCCCGCCUACCGGAGCGGCGGCUGCGCGACGCCAACUCGGACUUCAUCGGGGAGCAGCAGCUUCAGCAACAGCUGAUGGCGGAGCAGCAGGACGAGCAGCUGGAGCUGGUGUCGGGAACCAUCGGCGUCCUGAAGAACUCGUUUGCUUUUGCUUUUGCUUUUGCUUGCGUCCCGGCCGGCAGCAUGCUGGACGACUUUGGCCAGGAGCUGGACAGCACCCACUCCAGACUGGACAACGUCAUGAAGAAACUGGCCAAAGUGUCCCACAUGACCAGCGACCGCCGUCAGUGGUGCGCCAUCGGGGUGCUGCUCGCCAUCCUCUCGGUCAUCGUGCUCCUCCUCUUCGUCCUCUGAUGCGGCGACCGGCCUUCGUCCUCCGCCCCCGCAACGGAGGUCCGGGCUCGUCUUCUGUCCGGCUGAGCGGCACUCGUCGAGGGUUCGCGGUUCAAAGGGCAAUCUGACUUUUACCCGCGCUGAAUAACACGACGCGCUUGCGUAUUCGUAUUUGUUGCAGUGUUUAUUUA